AUUUUCAUUACAGGUUCCAAAAUUCUCAAAGGAAAAGUUUGACAAUUGGUGCAUCCGAAUGAAGGCAUUACUCGGUGCACAUGAUGUGUGGGAAAUUGUUGAAAAUGGAUAUGAUGCUUCUCAAGACAUAAGUGCUCUUACACAAGCACAAAAAGAUCAGUUUAAUAGCACCAAGAAAAAGGAUCAGAAGGUUAGCUCUCUCGUUCACCAAGCAUUGGGUGAAGUUACGUUUGAGAAGGUUUCUAAUGCCACGACAGCAAAGCAGUUGUGGGAGAUGCUUCAAGCUGCCUAUAAAGGAAAAGACAAGGCAAAGAAGUUUGAGAGAACAAAAAAGGAGGCACAAGUCAAGGAGGAGGAGGUUGAGGCCAUGGAUGCGGUCAUGGUCAAGGACUUGGAAGAGGAGGAAGAAGUGCCCCAAAAUACUAACCAAAGCAGAGAUGAAAAUUCUCAGUUCACCUCUUUGAGAGGUCGUGGCAGAGGAGGAUCAAGGCCAUAUCAGAAGAGAUUUGGCAACAAUGAUGUGAAAGCUAAUUUUUCUCAAGAUGGAGAUAACGAAGUUAAUGAAGAGGUGGAGACAACUCUCUUGCUGGCCUGCAAAGAAAUGAAGAAUGAAUAAAAGCACCCUUGGUACCUUAAUACUAGAGCAAGCAACCACGUGUGGAAACAAAGAAUUAUUUGUGAAGCUUGAUGAGAAAGUUGGCAGCAACAUCACCUUUGGAGACUCCUCAAAAACAAGUUGGCGGCAACAUCACAUGUGGAGACUCCUCAAAAAUACCAGGUAUCAUCAUGUAUGCUAGUGUGUUGAAGACAAAGUAGUGCAGCUAACUUUUGUGAAAUCUCAUGAUUAGAUGGCAGACAUCCUUACCAAGGAUCUAAAGUUUGAUGAUUUUAAGAAAUUAAGAAGCUUUCU